UAUAUUAUAUAUAUAUAUAUAUAUAUAUGUAUGUAUAAUGUGAAGGCAUCCUAAAAUACACUUCUACCGAUCCGUUUCUUGUUGUCUCCUUUACGGAAAGAAGAAAACGUUCACAGAUUCCAUCACCAAAGAAGAGAAAGGAGCUCAAACUGAACGAAGAUUUGCCCCAGAAUGUUAAAAGAACAUCUCUAUGGCUGGUACCCAGCUGUUAAUGGGGACAGCAACAUGUCCACUUACCUGACCGAGUGCCUCUACCGGAACCAAAGACCCAAGAGCUGUAGACCCUUCAACAGUGGAAUCCCGACCAUUGGUGGAAUAAUUCGCCAGAAAACUGCCCUUCAAACAGAGCUGGAAAUGACACCCAAAGAGUUCCUCAGUCGUUGUAAAAGUGCCCCUGGCUCCAGCAGGUCCAGUUCCAAACCAUUUGUUUUCCAAAGACAAUCCACAUUUCAUCGAAGUCAAUGCCGGGAGUACCGGGUUCCAGACCAACCUAAACGGCCCAGUACUUGCCAUGUUGUUUCGUCUGUUCAAAACAAGCACCUUUUCAACAAGACACGAUCACCAAAAAGAAGCGAAGGUUUGGUCUUAACAAAUGAACAGCUGAACCAAUCGAGGAAAACUCCUCAUAACGAUGUUGACUUCUCUUCAGCAGAUCAUAGAAUUUCGCAAAAUGACUCACCGGGGAAUUCUCUUACAGAAGCUAUUUCUAAAGAAAGAUGUGAUGACGAAAAAAACAGGAUUUCUGUGUUGAACUACGAGGAAGGUCAAGAAAUAACGUUGACAUGUAAGAAAGUCCGAUCUUUAGCCUUGAAAGAAGCUGAGUUAUACAAUCCAGACAGCUACAGGCAGAAUCUGAGAAAAAAUGGCUGGUUGAUGCAAGUGGAAGGAAAUAUUUUUGGACUGAAGCAACUUCCAGUCCGACUCCCUUAUUGGGUGCCAGUGGAAGUAAGAAAUACCAGAACAGAUCCUCCAGUGAUUCACGUGAAAGAUUCCCGACCAUUUUUCUACAAUACCAUUCCCAGCCAACCAAAAACGGUUUCCAUCGCAGCUCACUGGAAUUCGGAGACAAUUUGCCGAAAACAUCGAGAAUCUGUGCUACGUUCUAAAUGAGCAAAUGAAAUAAUAAAGGUCUUUGAUAAUAAA